GUCAAUUUUUUGAGAAAUGUCAAAUACAUUGUAGAUGCGUGCGAACACACACACACACACACACACACCAUCAUCCACAUCUACACAUUGCUCAUGAAUGCUGGAGUUGAAGGGCUUGAAGAAUAAUGAUCACUGAAGACGCAUCGGUAUCUACAAGACGAAAAAAAUAUCAGAGACAAAUAUAAUGUUAGGUUUCAUCCUGAAUUCCUGAUAGGUUAAGUGUAUAACGACCUCUACUACUACUAUAGUCAACCAACCGAAGGUGGUUUCCAUAUGGAAGUGAAAUUUAAAAGUGUGAUUGCGGGUAUCCUGUUACAUCAUCUAUCUACGCAUGACAGCAGUAUAAAUAUGUUUUUGUCCGUAAUGAUCAGAAUCAUUCUUUCAUGAGAUGCCGACGACUUUGCCAGGUCCUGGGUUGCUGCUGUUCAUAAAAAACGAGAAAGAAAGUUUAUGUGGCUGUGCCAUCCCUCUCGACGAAAUCAAAUACUAGUAACAUGCAAAGACCUGUUCCAGCAAUAGCUUAUACAUAUUCUGUCAGAGCACAUUGUGGCGUAUACGACUGGUAUGGUAUGACACCAGCUAUGAUCUGUCAGAGUGCUUAAGAAAACCCAACCCAACCUCAGAGAUAAGAGCAAGCUAACAACUGCUAGUUACAGAUUAGCACAUAUAGACGUACCUGGCCCCGGGGUGGCUAGCAAGUAGCAAGCGCAGGCGCACAAUAAUCCACAGAGAGCUCGUUAGCCAAGCAGAAGUAGUGCACCAUGGCAAUACCCUCCCAGCUGCUGCCAUAUCUCCUUGCAGCAGCAGCGGCGUUCUUGAUCUUGCCUGCGAUUGCGGAACAACGAGGACUAGAAGAGCAGCAGCAGCAGCAGCAGGCGGUAGUGGCACGUCCGCGCUGCCAGGACAUGUGCGGCAACAUCAGCAUUCCCUUCCCCUUCGGCAUGGGGAAGCCCAGGUGCUUCCUUCCUGGCUUCGAGGUCAUCUGCAACACCUCCUCGUCCGGUCGCCCCCGCCUGUUCCUUGCGUACAACGAGAGCGGGCCAGUCCAGGUGGUGAGUGCUCUGAACCACAGGUUCACCGCCCGCAACGUCACUGCUUCCUUUGUGAUGAAGAACGCCGUGGAACUCAUGGACAUAUCAGUUGCUCACAACGAGGCCCGGGCAUACAGGGCGGUCAGCUCCGCCUGCAGCACAAAUAGUACACAUUUCCGUGCCAAGUUCCAAUACACAAACUUGGGUGACGAGGGCCCGUUCCUCCUGUCGGCGAUGAGAAAUGUUCUCAUCGGUGUCGGCUCCAACGUCGAGUCCAUGAUGAUGACCUCAACCGGGGAGACGGGGAAUGAGAUGAAAGCGUACAUGCCGUCCUGCCUUUCCAACCUCAUGGGGAAGCUCAAGUACGCGACAGACGGUAACGGUACAUGCUCCGGGUUGGGAUGCUGUCAAGCUGCCUUGCCCCUGAAUGUGACUGAGUUUGGAGUCUCGUUCAUGCCCCGGCUCAACCUACUGUGGCAAACCAAUCCGUGCUUCUAUGGCAUGCUGGUGGAGAAAUCCUGGUACAACUUCUCUGUGCACGACUUGUAUGGCCGCGAGCUGUUAUACCCCAGGGGUGUACCCGUUGUGCUGGAGUUCGCCAUCAGGAACCUUGGUUCAUGUCCACCGGAAGGACAGCAGAAACCUCAGGGCUAUGCGUGCAUCAGCGGCAACAGCACUUGUGUCAACACCACCAGAGGCGAUGACUAUGUCUGCAAGUGCUUGGAGCAUUACGAUGGCAACCCAUACAUCAUUGGUGGAUGCCUUGACAUAGAUGAAUGCAAGCUCCCUGAUUCGUAUCCUUGCUGGAAUGGCGGGAUCUGCAGCAACAGGCUGGAAGGCUAUGACUGUCCAUGCAAAUCUGGAAUGAAUGGCAAAACCGGACACUGCGUGGAAAAUUUCCCUCUGCCAGCAAAGGUGAUUGUGGGUGUCCAGACCAACAUGUUAGAUGCAAAUCCUUUAUGUCGCACAACUUUGUUGGCGAGUCCGUGUCAAGAGGGUCUCGCCAUCUCAGGUUUCUUGCCUGAGCCAGGCAUUGUUUCUGACUGGUGGGACAAGGUGCUAGUAGAUGAGCCAUCCCAAGUGCGGAGACGGAGGAGCGGCCUUGCUGCUUGUAUUGUUGUACUUGUCGUCAUGGUUAUGGCCCGUCAACUCCUGACACUCAAGAGGUUCUAUGAACAAAAUGGUGGACCAGUACUAAAAGGUGUAAAGAACAUAAAGAUAUAUAGAAGGAAAGAAAUGAAACAAAUUACAAAUAACUACAAUCGUGUCAUUGGAGAAGGAAACUUCGGGAAGGUUUAUAUGGGGACUCUAGAAAAUAAACAACAAGUGGCUAUAAAGAGGUCCAUCAAAGUUGACAAGAAUAUGAAGGCAGAAUUCACUGGCGAAGUUAUAGUACAAUCUGAGAUGAGACACAAGAACAUUGCAAGGCUCCUAGGUUGUUGCUUAGAGCUGGAUGUUCCAAUGUUGGUAUACGAAUAUGUAUCAAGAGGGAGUCUAUAUGAUGCUCUAUUUGGAUUGAGGCGUGUACAUAUCAUACCGGUAGAUAUGCGCCUACAAAUUGCUGUUGGGUCAGCUGAAGGACUAACAUACAUGCAUUCAGCAGGGGAGAGUACAAUCCGUCAUGGUGAUGUUAAAUCUGCCAAUAUUCUUCUUGAUGAAAAUUUCUGCCCUAAAGUCUCAGACUUUGGUACCUCGAGGUUGCUCGCAGGAGGAAAGUCCGAGAAGACUGAACGUGUCGUCGGGGACAUGAGUUACAUAGAUCCGAUAUAUAUGGACCAGGGGAUUGUUACACAGAAGAGUGAUGUCUACAGCUUUGGGGUUGUUCUUAUAGAGCUUAUCACGAGGAGGCCCGCAACAUACUCUAACAAGAGGAACUAUGUUACAAGCUUUGUCGAAGCGUAUCUAGACAAAAGAGUAAGAAACUUGAUUGACAAUGAUAUCACAAGUGAGGUGGAUAUUAAACUCUUGGAAAUGGUCAGUGGAGUUGCCAUGGAGUGUGUAAAACUUAAUCCCGAAGAACGCCUAGAUAUGAAACAAGUAGAGCAUCGUCUCCUCGAAAUUAUUGGUCAAGGUGUGCAGAAUGGACAAGGGAGAAACUACCAGGCAGAUCUCGGUCCUGCGCCGGAUGAUGUUGCUUUGCUCAAGUCUUGGGGAGAAUGAAGAACCUACAAAUGCUAAUACUAUGCAUAUUUGAUCUUGUUAUGUAAUGGUUACAUUCAUAAACUUUUAGUUUUGAUUGUUAAGACAAAGUACAGACCACUGCUCCUAUAUUUGAAGUACAUCAACACUAGUUAUACAAGUGCCCAGAUUUGAAAUUCGGACGUAAUAGUUUGUACCCACAAGUGUAAGGGUUGUAGCAGCCAUCAAUGGUAAGUAUUUUAGACAAAUAUAUAUUUAUCAUGAUGUGAAUCAAAGAAUACUGGCAAGACAGUAAUAACUGAGG